AUGGCUCGGCGAAGGCAGUUCGGGUAGAGAGGAAAGGCGGAACGGCGCAGCCCGCGGCGGUCCUGCCCGGCCCCGCGCUCGGGCCCCCGCUCAGGCGGGUGGGCCGGAACCAUGAGCUCCUACCUGGAGUACGUGUCGUGCGGCAGCGGCGGGGGCGGCGGCGAGGCGCUCAGCUUCGCGCCCAAGUUCUGCCGCGCCGACGCCCGGCCCGUGGCCCUGCAGCCCGCCUUCCCCUUGGGCAGCGGCGACGGCGCCUUCGUCAGCUGCCUGCCCCUGGCCGCCGCCCGACCUGCGCCUUUGCCCCCGGCCACCCCCGCGCCACCCCCCGCGCCGCCCUCGGCCGCGCCCUCCUACGCGCCGUGCACCCUGGAGGGCGCCUACGAGCCGGGGGCCGCACCUGCCGCGGCAGGGGGCGCGGACUACGGCUUCCUGGGGCCGGGGCCGGCGUACGACUUCCCGUGCGCGCUCGGGCGGCCGGCCGACGACGGCGGGGCGCACGUCCACUACGCCACCUCAGCCGUCUUCUCGGGCAGUGGCUCCUUUCUCCUCAGCGGCCAGGUGGAUUACGCGGCUUUCGGCGAGCCCGGCCCCUUGCCGGAGUGUCUGAAAGAGCCAGCCGACGGCCACCCUGGGACCUUCCAGACCGCGUCCCCGGCCCCUGGCGCCUACCCCAAGUCUGCGUCGCCGGCCUCCGGCCUCCCCGCCGCCUUCAGCACCUUCGAGUGGAUGAAAGUGAAGAGGAACGCCCCUAAGAAAAGCAAACUCGCCGAGUAUGGAGCCGCUAGCCCCUCCAGCGCGAUCCGCACGAAUUUCAGCACCAAGCAACUGACAGAACUGGAGAAGGAGUUUCAUUUCAAUAAGUACUUAACUCGAGCCCGACGCAUCGAGAUAGCCAACUCCUUGCAGCUGAAUGAUACGCAAGUCAAAAUCUGGUUCCAGAACCGCAGGAUGAAACAGAAGAAAAGAGAACGAGAAGGGCUUCUCCCCUCGGCCACCCCUGUGGCUUCCCUCCAACUCCCCGUCUCAGGAACGAGCACCACCAAGUCUGACAAGAGCCCAGGGAGCCCUUCUCAGGCCCAAGAGCCGUCAUGAGGUUUAGUCUUGGGGCUGAGAAACCUUGGCCUGCAGAAGUCAUAGGUCACCUCCCCCGUCUAGACUUACUAGCUCAGUUUGGGAUAGAGGUUUCACUUGGGAAACGAGGUAUCCUAGUCGGCUUCUGAGUUCUAGGCUGUAGGUGUACAGAUAUCAAUUUGAGGUCUCUUAAGCCACUCGUUUGUGUUUUAUUUGUGUCUUAUCAGGGAAAAGGUGCCCAGCUGCCAGCCCAGCCCUGCUGCUAUGUCGCCUAACUUAGUCAUAUGCAAUUCUUGGGUGCCGAGUGGCAGAGUUGCUGAUCUCUGACAACCCCUGAUGUACUCAGAAGAACAUCUACCCAAAGUUUUCCAGAUUUUAAUUUAAAGGACGGGCUACAUGUAUUCAGCUUGAGAUGACCAAAGCUAGUUAGGGCCUCCUUGAUGUAGAUAAGCUGCUUCAAAGAUGAUCUUCACAUUUGCACUCCAGUUUUGUUGUUUUUUUCUUUAAAAAGCAGUUUCUACCUCUUCAUGUGCCUGAGUGAAGAUACAAUCGCUGUUUAGUUAGUAGCUGAACAAAUCCACAGGGUGGGUGAAGAUUCGAACCUGAACUACACCUUGACACCAACUACUCAGACUUGAAUGUAAAUAUAUACAGUAUGUAUAUUUUUUAAAAUGUUUGCUUGCAAUGAACUUCUCCAUGGCAUUGAAUGUCAUAGCAUGUAAAGAGUUCGAACUUUUUUUUUGUAAUAAAAAUUACAGAAUCUGCUA